AUGUAUCAGUGUCCUAAAUGCGAUAGGAAGUAUGCCAGCCAGAAUUCACUAACGCGGCACGUCCAUAGCCAUUCCAAGUCGCAGAAACACCGCUGUACAGUUUGUGGGGUGACGUUCUACCGUCGAGACCUGUUGUCGCGCCAUUCCAAACUACACGAGCUCGCCUCCCCGUCCACAGACCAGGCUCAUCCUGCUCAGGCUGACACCGACGCACAUCGGAAGCGCUGUCAUACAGCCUGCAUCAGGUGCAGGGAGCUCCGGACGAAAUGCAACAGUCAGAGACCCUGUACCAGCUGUGUCAAUGCAGAAGCACAUUGCGAGGAUAGCCGCCAUUCCAACCGAUUGAGUCGUUUAUCAUUUCAAUCAGAACACUCCUCGUUCAUCUCCACUUCGGAAGCCGACUUUGGUGAUUUGAGCAGUGCUCUUGAGCAGGAACAACAGGACUCCGAACCAUCAGAAGAGACCCCUUCUGCGCCGGAACAUUUGAGCUUGGCUGUCCCGUCCCUCGAAGGUGGCGAGGUCAAUCGAAACAUAGGCCAGAUGGAUUUUCAAUCACCUCUGCACCCCAGCACUACGCAGGAGCAGGGAUUUCCUCUUCAAAUGGACUACACGCUCCCCGAAACCAUGGACGGAGGUGCGAUAUUGGGGAGCUUGGAUUCUUCCGUGGCAGUGCCCUCAAUGGACACGAUUUCCUGGCCUUGGUUGCAUGAAAACCUCUAUCUUCGCCCAUCUCGAGACGCCUUUUCCGAUAGUUACGAUGCAUUUGGUCUUCAGUACUUCGGGGACAAUUCGCUACUCGCGCCAAUGGAGUAUCCAAUGCUGCAACUGGGUACAUCUCAAGUAAAUCACGCCACAGCGGUACCAACUAUGUUAUCCGAUCAUCAAACGAGGCAGGAGAAUAUCUCCGGCAACGAAUGCGAUGCUGAAGCCGUUGCCGAAGCCGAUGCUCAUGCCAACUCAAUGUCUUCAACUCCUCUGCCAACGUUUGGGCAUGCUGCUAUAUCCCAUGAGAACCACACAGUCCAAGAAAUCCGUCCACAGAGUCUGGCAACUCAACAGACAGCAACACCUCGAAGCAGUCGGUGCCAAGUUGUCCGUGAUCUUGUCGCCUUCGCUUCUGGCCCGCAAUCACAUGUGCGACGGAAUGCAGAUUGCGCGUCGUCCUGGCAGCUGAUGUCUCCCAAAGUUGCCGAAGCUUUUGACAUUCCUGUUGAAAAGGGGGUUUCGGCAUCUUCAACCCUAUAUCGCUUUUACGGCCUCUACUGCGCAAACUUUGGCCCGCUCUGGCCACUGUUAAGCCCCCAAAACACGGAAGCAGACGCUCUUCAUCCGCUUCUAUUUUUGACAUUAACCUCGAUUGGGUCUAUGUAUGGUGGUCCAGCUGCGAGCAACUUCGGAGCAAUGAUGCACGCUCGGAUUCGCGUUAGCUUAUGCGCGGUGCUGGACUUCGAUGAUGCCGAAGCAGAUUCCCUCUGGCUAGCGCAAGCACGACUCCUAACUCAGGUUGCUGCGUUGUACUUUGGUCAACCCAAGGCCUUCUCCUAUUCGCAGCAUCUCGGCACCAUUCUGAUUGCACAGGCGCGCCGAAUGGAUCUCUUUUCUGCGAAACCGGCGGAGAAUUUCAUUGCAAAGUUUUAUCGACUCAAGGGUGUGGCAUCAGACCAGGAGCGCCUGUCGAUUUGGCUACAGGUCGAGGCCCGGCGACGACUGGCAUUCGGCAUUUUCCGCGCCGACACGUACACCAGCGUUCUCCUCCACACCCGGCCUCUGGUCCUGUUGGAGGAGAUUGAUCUUGAAUUCCCUAUGUGCGAUGCAGUCUGGCGGGGCGAGCGAAUGCCUCCGAGCCUGUGCCUACAGAUGAUCGAACGAGAGCGAACCCCCGGCCGCCAAAUGCGAGCCUCAGACAUAUAUCGCAUUGCCAUAGACAAGCACGAAGACGCUGUCCCUCUAGACCCUUGCGGCCAAGAGCUUCUGAUGUUUGGUCUCCAAUAUCAGGCCUGGAGAUUCUCACACGAUCAAAAGAUGUUUGCCCGCUUGACAGACGAUCACACCCAACAGUUUGACGAGCUCAACGACGAGCAGCUCCGAGGUGUCGAAUCUACAGCCUCCAAACCGCCUCCACCCACUCAUCCAGCCCGGUCACCUUUCCAGGCCAGCACGCGGGGCUUGGAGAUCCAUAGCAUCGACAGUGCUUCCCGGACGAUGGCUGAUCUCAAGUAUGAGCGUGAUCGGCUGAUUGCAGCACUGGACAAGUGGCAGCGCGCACUGUCGCUCGUCAAGGCAUUGGCGAGGACCGAGCUGGACCGCAGUAGCCUUCUCAGCAGCCUCAUCAUAUAUCACUUGGUCCACUUAUGCCUCCAUGCACCACUGCAGGAUAUACACCAAAUCCAAUAUGUCCAAGCCGACAACCGAGUCGUAGGUCAUGACCUCGUCACUGAGCUCCAUCGAUGGGCGAAUUCCCGCCGAGGCCGCCUCGCUGCGGAGCGAGCCUGCAUUAUCUGGGCAUUGAUCGCCCGAGAAGCACAGAUCACCGACGACGGCAAACGGGUGCGCUUCAAUCUCCUGGCAUUUGCCGGCUUGCAUCACGCAGCUGUUCUUUUGUGGGCUUACGUAGGAGCUCAUGAUUUUGACCGUGAUCACGACGCAGGCAACGCCCCUCUGAUGUUGGAAGCACACAGCGCCUCAAAGCCUGCUAUUCCGGUGGAUCAGUCUCACUGUGCGGAGAUGAUGAACUCCUUUGUAGAGCUUUAUGAUCGCAUCAGCCCCGCGCGCUGGUCGUCCUUCGCAAAGGUUGCCAGUAGAUUGGCCACUCAGCGUUCACCCGUGAACCAGCGAAUCGAAUAG